UUCUCUCAUGUUCAUAUGAAGAGUCGUAUUCCUUAAAUUCUUCUAUUUGUGUCUCAUUCUUAAUUUCUUCCAAAAUUUAGACUGAAAUUUGUUCAUUUCCUGGAAUUUAGAUUUGUUUUUUCGUUGAAGAGAAAGUGAUGAUGGACUAUGGAGGAGCCGCCCUUGGAGCAGCGUUCGGAGCGCUAGUACAAGCAGUUGUUGAGGCGAGUUUUAAAGCAUGGAUGUUCAAGUCCCUCUUGAAGCAACUGAAAUCCACUUUAGAGUCUGUAACUCCUAUCAUCAAAGAAAUUGAGAAGUUGAACAGAGAUUUGGAUCGGCCAAGGCAUGAAACUGGUAAGUUCAUUAGGAAAUUGGAACAAGGCGAGCAACUUGUGCCGCAAAUGCUCAACAGUAAGAAACUGGAUACCUCAAUAGCCAGUUUCUUUCAGGUUGAUAUGGUAGCACAACAUUUAAGGGACACCAAAGAAACACUUGUGAAAGUCAAUGAAAUGCAUAGCAUCUUCAAGAGACCCGACGGUAAAGAAAACGCAAGUGGGUUUAAACCGUUUAAAAUUAUUGGAGCUUGCUCAGUGCCUGAUCCUCCGCAGAUUGCCCCUGGCCUGGAUGUUCAAUUGGAGGAGUUAAAGAUGGAUUUGCUUAAGAAGGGCAUGCAAGUGAUUGUGUUGUCAGCUCCUGGAGGAUCUGGGAAGACUACAUUGGUUAAAAAACUUUGCAAAGAUGAUAAAGUCAAAGGAAAAUUCCAGAACAACAUAUUCUUUGUCACUGUGUCUAAAACGCCCAAUGUGAAGGUGAUUGUACAGAAAAUAUUUAAACAUAAGGAUUGCGAGGUGCCUGAGCUUCUGACUGAUGAAGACGCAUUUAAUGAAUUGGGACGAUUGCUGAACCAAAUACAGUCAGAGCCUAUAUUGUUGGUCCUUGAUGAUGUCUGGUCUGGAUCAGAAUCCAUGGUGCAAAACUUGAAGUUCCAAUUGCCUGAUUACAAGAUUUUGGUGACAUCAAGAUUUGUAUUCCCGCAAUUUGGUCCUGGACAUAAUUUGAAACCACUGAAUGAAGAAGAUUCAAUGACUCUUUUUAACCAUUCAGCAGUGCUGCCAGAUGGGACCUUGUACAUUCCAGAUCAAAAUCUUGCCUAUCAGAUAGUGAGAGCCUGUAAGGGAUCUCCACUGGCCCUUACUGUAGUUGGCAGAUCACUCUGUGGGCAGCCUGAGGAAGUCUGGCAAAUAAGAGUGAAGGAAUGGACUCAAGAUGCAACUAUUUUCUAUUCUAACACUGAUCUACUUGUUCCUCUCCAAAGCAGCUUGGAUGCCCUAGAUAAUAAAAUCAAGGAGUGUUACAUGGACCUUGGUUCAUUUCCUGAGGACCAAAGAAUUCCUGUCACUGCCCUAAUUGACAUGUGGAUGGAAUUGUAUAAACUGGUCGAAGGUCGUUAUGCCAUUGCAAACCUCAAUGAUCUCUCCAAUCGAAAUUUGGUUAAUCUGGUGGUCACAAGGAAUACUGCUAGUCAUAAUGGCUGCUACAAUGAUCAUUUUGUCAUGCAACAUGACCUUCUCAGAGAUUUGAUUAUCCAUCAAAGCAUGUUGGAGCCAAUAGAGAAGAGAAAAAGACUAUUCAUAGAGAUAAGUGGAAACAAUUUUCCUGAGUGGUGGUUGGAACAAACUCUGCACCCAGUUAACGCCCGUCUCUUGUCAAUCUCCACAGAUGAAACAUUCUCGUCCAGUUGGUACGACAUCAAAGCACCUUUAGUUGAGGUUGUAGUUCUAACUAUUCAAACAAAGAAGUACACCUUGCCAAAUUUCAUGGAGAUGAUGGACAAAAUGAAGGUCUUGAUAGUCACAAAUAAUGGUUUCUUCCUUGCUGAAUUAAGUAACUUUAAAAUUCUUGGUUCUUUAUCCAAUCUAAAGACAAUUAGAUUGGAGCGAGUUUCAAUUCCUUCCUUUGACAUGACAGCGAUACAAAUGAAGAAUCUGCUGAAAAUAUCCUUGGUUUUGUGCAAUGUUGGUGAGGUUUUUAGGAAUUCCACCUUCCACGUUUCAGACGCAUUUCCAAAUCUAAAGGAGAUGGACGUUGACUAUUGCAAUGAUCUUGAUGAAUUGCCUGAUGGGGUAUGUGAUAUUGUCUCCCUAAACAAGCUCAGCAUCACCAACUGUCAUAAGCUGACUCAACUGCCUGAAGGAAUUGGGAAGCUUGUAAACUUAGAAUUGCUAAGGCUUGCUUCCUGCGCUGAGUUGGAAGCUUUGCCAGACACAAUUGGGAACCUAUCUAAUUUAAACUUUCUUGAUAUAUCUGAAUGUCUAAGCUUCAACGAAUUGCCAAUACAGAUUGGUGAAUUAUGCAGUUUAAAAACGCUUAGCAUGAGAGGGUGCUCUGCUUGUGAGCUACCCGCGUCCAUUAUGAAUCUUAAGAAAUUAGAAGUUGUGAGAUGCGACGAAGAGACAGCCUAUAACUGGGAACAAUUCGAGGCCCUUCUGACAAAUCUAAAGGUAGAAGAGGUGAAAGAGGAUUCCGACUUGAAUUGGCUCCGCAAUUAACAUUUCUGAGAAUUUUUUUUUGGUUUUUCUUUGUACACCAUGCUUAAACAGUGAACAUCGUUGAAUUGUAAUUAUUAUGUUGGAAUGAUAGUAAAAAUUAUUAUAAGAAAAAAUACAUGGAAAGUUUUGAUGAUA